CACAUCCGCUAGCCAUUUGGAUUGUUUUCUGCUCGUGUUAAGAUGAAAUGAGUCCAUGCUGUUGUGUUUAAGCGUUGGGUGAUUGGCUCACGACUCAUAUGGAAUUUAUCAAAACAUUAUUAGGGUAUAAUUGAUCAAUUUAAUCCGAUGUAAACUGUACUGUUAAGCGAGCACGCGCAAAGUAACGUAGUGGUGGCACGGUUCAUCCGGCCUGCUAACGUUAGCUGCUGUUGCACACAGCACUAACGUUCACUGAUAACUGUUGAGAAAUGGGCAAAAACCGCAAACGAAAGGGACAACUUCAAUCUCCAGGAACUGGACCACAUCCUGGCAUGCGUCCCACAGGACCAGGCCCCCGUCCACCCAGACAUCCUCCUCCACAAGGCGGGUUUCGCCCGAUGGGCCCACCCGGACCGAGGUUUCCAGGACCCCAUCCCGACUUCGGACCGCAACCCCCCAGAAUGAGGAUGAUGAUGGAUCACAUGGAAGGAGAGGAGCGGUUUAUGGGGAAUGAGCCUUUCCACCCAAUGGGUUUUCCCGGCAGAGAUGAAUUCAGACCGCCGUUCGAUGGUCCCGGUGAUCCACACUUUCAUCCAGAGUUUGGGAACAGACCACCAGGUCCGCGUUUUUUUCGCCCAGAGCUUGAAUGUGGACCUCCGGAGUUUGUUGACAGACCUCAAGACUUCGGCCCGCCUGAGUUUUACGACAGACGUCCAGAUUUCUGUCCGCCGGACUUUCGGGGAAGACGUCCAAACUUUCACCCCUCUGAGUUUGACGAUGGGCCUGGUUUCCAAAUGAUGAUCCCUGGAUUCGACCAGAUGGAGCAUCACGGUCCAAGAGACCCGCAUUUUGUGCCACCAAUGGAUCCGUAUGGGAAUCAUGCUUUUGGAGCCAGAGGAGGGUUUGCUGGAUCACCACCUGAUUUCCAGGGCCCAGGACCAGCACAAACGCCACCUGAGUGUAAUGUCUAA